AUGGUCGGAAAUUGGAUCUUUCCGCAUCCCUCAGAUGACAGACUCCAGGUCUUUGAGGAGAAGAUUGACUAUCGAUUCACCGAUCGCCUUCUCGCCCGGGAGGCACUCCAAUCUCCGAACAGUUCAAACGAAGAUGGCAAUAGGACAUUUGCUUUAAUCGGGGACAAAGUCAUCGACUUGGUCAUUGUGACCACUGGCCGCAAAAACAACAAGACGCGAACAGAGGGCUGUAAUGCCCAUCUCUCCAAGCAGGGGUUCGAUCUCGGCAUCGACCAAUUUAUUGUCAAAAACCCUAUCCAGUUGGACAUUGGGAACAGGCUUAUGGCUACCACAAUGGAGGCGAUUAUCGGGGCCGUAAACCUCAACUGUAACGGGCAGAUACCACUAUGUGCCGGUGCCAUGGCCGCAUUGGGGAUCUCUUGGCCCCAAUGA